CAAUUCAUGCUCUUAUCCAACAUUACUCAGUUUAGUCCCAUGUUCUACCUCACUGGCUUUCCUGGACUGGACACCAUCGAACACUGGAUUUUCAUCCCCUUUUUCCUUAUGUACCUUGUGGCCAUCUCAGGCAAUUGUUUCAUUCUGAUAGUUAUUAAGACCAACCCUCGUCUGCACAGACCCAUGUACUAUCUACUCUCUUUUCUGGCCUUCACUGACCUGGGACUGUCAGUGUCUACCUUGCCCACCACUAUGGGAAUCUUUUGGUUCAAAUCUCAUGGUAUCUACUUUGUGGCUUGUCAGAUCCAGAUGUUCUGUAUCCACUCAUUUUCCUUCAUGGAGUCCUCAGUGCUCCUUAUUAUGUCCUUUGACCGCUUUUUGGCUAUCUGCCACCCCCUUAGGUACUCGGUCAUUAUCACUAGCCAGCGAGUGAUCAGGGCAGGUCUGGCUGUCAUCUUCCGGGGACCUGUGGCCCUAGUUCCCCUUGUCCUCCUCCUGAAGACUUUUCCCUACUGUGGGCCUCGAGUCCUUUCCCAUUCUUUCUGCCUACACCAGGAAGUGAUACACUUGGCUUGCACAGAUACCACCUUCAACAACCUGUAUGGGCUGGCAGGUGUGUUCACUAUGAUGCUGGACCUGGUGCUCAUCGCACUGUCUUAUGGGGUCAUCCUGCACACCGUGGCAAGACUGGCCUCCCAAGAGGAGCAGCUCCGAGCCUUCCAAACAUGUACCUCACACCUCUGUGCUGUACUGAUAUUCUUUGUGCCUAUGGUGGGGCUGUCCCUCGUGCACCGCUUUGGGAAGCACGUCCCACUUGCUGUCCACCUUCUCAUGGCCAAUGUCUAUCUCUUUGUGCCUCCCAUGCUUAAUCCAAUCAUAUACAGUAUUAAGACCAAGGAGAUCCGCCAUGUCAUCAGCAAACUCCUCAGUCUUAGGAAGGUCAGUACUAAGUCUUGGAGCUAA